UAAAACCUUCUCUCGCGCUAUUUUGGCGCUCAGUUUCAUCGGCCUACUGAGGCAUCUUGCAAUCAUGUCAACUUCAAACGGGUCUCCUGUUAAAGAACAAGUUCUUUACUUUAGUAAAAGCAAGCAGAUGACGUUUGCUUUUUCUCAACAUGAACAGUGGGAACCCAAAGAUGUUAGCGUGAGUGAAUUGAACGGAAAAUGUCAAUUAAGCGUUCGACCAAAAGAAAAGAGAAUUUUGAAACAAAGAAAGAUGGAAAUCGAAUUGUCAGAGAAUAACUACUGUGUGGUAGAGAUGGGUAUAGUUGGUAGCCAAAGCAAUGUGAUUGGACUUUUAUGUAUGAAACGAGGCUCUAAGAUACAAGGGCAUUUCUUCAAGUCUGAAGACAGACAAAAACUCAACAACUUAAAGGCCAUACUCAGAAGGUGCUGUAAAGUUGAUUCAUUUGAAGUGAAUGUGGCCCAGAACUGUUCCCCAUCUCAGUCAACCAAAGCCCAACUUCAUGUCUUCCAUGACAAGAUCUGUUUAUCAUCAAACUCUGGUUAUGACUUCAAAAUCUUGUGUGAAUAUCCUUUGAAUUCUCUUUCAAACUGGCAACAAGACCAAGAAAAUGUGACACUGACUGUGGCACACAAAGGCAAAGAAGAAAGGCUCUCUUUGAGGACUGACAAAGGAAGUGCUAUUUGUGCAAAGUUAUCCUCUUUUGUUCAAGAAGGAUCUCAAGGGAAACAACAGUGUGAUGGCAAUUCCAAUAUCAUACCUUCAUCAAAGAUAAGCAAAAGUUGUGAAAUUUUUGAUCGCCUGACAAGUUUUACCAGACCGAAAGCAAUGUCUUUUUCAACGAGAAAACCAGAACCAAAGUCCCCACUUGCUUCUGAACAGAGCAUGGACACUGAAGAUUUUAAACAGGACUGCUUUGAGUCAUGUUUUGUUAGCACUGGAAAUUUUGAAAGUUUUCGUGAUGGUGUGACACUCACAGCUGUUGAGAUUUGUGAUGAUGCGGAUGAUCAGAGCAGGUGUUCAUCACCUCAUGACUUAAAUGAUGACAUGACUCGACAACCUCCCCCUCCUCCUCCAAUCCCUCAAAGACUAGCUAAACAAAAUUCAGGAAAAGAUGCUGAAGUUCUGAUCACAAGAAGACAGACAUUACCACCCAGCUUUCGGAUUGUGUCGAAGCCACCCUUGGCUGUUAGGGAGAGGCAGUGCAAUAAAAAUGAGCCAUCCCUUAAAGGGAUGAGAACUGUUGAAAUUAAGGAGCUUGUUCAACCAAUAUGUUUAGAUCCUUCUUAUAGACAUUCUGGAAAUUGUAGUGGUUCAUACAUACAUAGGCCAAAUGAGGAAACAAAUAACAUAUAUGACUCAAGUGGUUUGUACUCACUGAAAGGAGAGGAAGAGGAUGUUUUCAGCAUGGCAGGAAUUAAGGGUGGCUCAGAACCUUUUGUGGAACAGCCUAAAAUUAUGCAAAACAGGGCAUCACCACAACCUUCCAUAAUGGCAACUUCUUUUCUGGAUACCCAUGCAGAUGGGAAAACCCAAGGUGAAGGUGAAGAACAAAGUUCAGAUAGCACUUGUCACUAUGUGAACUUACCAGAAGGGUCAAGACCAAGCUGUUACCUUUAUAUGAAUUUUCCUAAUUUGAAGACAGCACCUAAAGAGGCACCUGUUUACAUCAAUCAUGUGUUCAUGAGUCGCAGCAUGCAAGGAAUUUAUGAAAAUGUCCAACAGUUUUGUAACGAGAAGUUUGAGAAGGGUGGAGCUCCAGAGACAGGGAUGUCAGCACCACCCCUCCCUCCACCAGCUCUUAAACCUCGCCAGCCACCUCCAAGAUUACCAAAAAGGGCAAUUGGAGGUGGGCAAAGAGUACAGCCAGCACCCCCUAGGAGUCCGCCACACACAGGGGCCCCACCUCCGCCCCGUCCACCCAAAAAAAAUGGGGCUGCUUCAAAGAUGCUCGAAAGAUGCACUCAGCAACAAGACAUCCAAGUUACAAUUGCAGUUUUUGCUUCAAAAGCAGUGGCUGGUAGGGAAUGGUUUCUGCGCAUUGUUGUGAUGCAACAUGACCCUGAAGACUCCACAUUCAAGAUGGUGAUGGAUCGAGAACGUGCAAGCAACUAUCGCCUCAUGCAGACCCACCCAUUUAGUAUCUCCUCAGACAUUGUCAUAUCAUUGAAACAUCAGUGCAAGCAAUUCAAACUUACCAGUGAAAAUUCCCAGGAAGUUGGCUAUAAUAUCAUUAAGGACCUUCUACAUGGUUUUUGGUUUGUGAUUGAGUUUCAUCUUGAACACUUGGGCAGUGAUGGGGAACAUUUUGCUGGAAAUGUCUGUGUAGAACCCAAAGAUCUCCCUCUUGGUGAAAAAUGUCCUGUAAACAAAAGGGUCAAUCUUGGUAUUAAUGAAGACUUUGAAUUAAAGCAACGUUUUAAUUAUAAACAACAUGGAAAUCGUUAUGGACAGGAAAACCAGACAAGCAAACAUGUGAUUUCUGAUUAUGCAAAACGGAAAAAGAUGUGUAAAUCGCUUGAUAUUUUCUCAUCACAAAACUGGAGAGAUGUUGCGGGACAGUUGGGGUUUAGCUUUGAGGAAAUAAAAGGCAUUGAGGACAGGGCACUUAGGUGUGUCACCUUUUCACCAAUGGAAGAGGUUCUUACUACGUGGGAACAAAGAGAUCCUGAAAGCAGCUUGGAAAGACUUAUCAAUGUAUUACGUGAGGUUCAACGACUUGAUGUCAUAAGUGAUCUUGGGUUUCCAGUGGACUCUGAAACUUUAUGAUCUAUGCCAGGCUGUAGCUGAUGUGUGAAGGGUAAGAUAAGGAUUAUGGCUGGCAUAGUAGAUUAGUAAGUGAAGCCCAAGGGAGAUGUACACUUUACUUUGUUGUUGAUUGAGAAAGAGAUCACUUUGUGACUUUUACAACUGUAAUGUUCAGGUAUUUUGAUAAGAGCUGACAACUGCAACUAAAUAAAACCACUGCCUAUUUUCCCUGAAAUUAACAAAUCCAGAGAAGAAAUCCAGACUUCCAUUUGCUGCCUACUUUGCAAUUUUUUGUCUUCUACUUAAACUUGUUGAAACUUCUGAAUAUUAAUUGAUUACUCUAUUGAAAUGGGUCUAUUGAAACUUUUUCUGCAACAUAAAAAUACGUAGAAAAAAUUUAAGCUCAUUGGCAUACUCACACUCGGGUCACUAAUAAGGACCAAGCUUCAAGGCCUCUUAAUUUAUGGGCUUCUUAUGUCAUAUUUCUGGUGUGAAAUUGAAAUGAACUUUUUUUAAACUUUUUAAAUCGGAUAACGUUCCUUCAUGGGCUUCCUCUUUUUAAUGGAUUUGAAGUUUUCAUGUUGAAAAGUCUGCACUGAAAAUGAUAUGUCUCAUUGGUUUCUGUAACAAAGUAAAAUUACACCUUAACAAGGUCAUUGCAAAUCAAAGCCAAGUAGAAGUCUGUGUCUUAAAGUCAGAGAAAAUGAUUGAAAAGGAGCCCAUUUACUGUGAACAAUAACGAGCUCACGGAGACAGGGAGGGUGGAGAGGGUCGUUGCAACUACAAGAGUUAGAGAUAUUUGGAUGUAACUUUCAGUUGGUAACUAUCCUAGUUUAGUUAUUUGGAUUAAGAACCAACAUAUCAAAAAGCAGAAUAGGCCAGGUUUCUUUUGGGCUUGCUGCACUUAGUCUUAGGACUAAUUUAACAUCAACCAUGACUGUGUUUUGUUUAAUAAUGAAGGAAACCUCCACAGGUGGACCAGAUUGCUGUUGAUUGAACUAACUCUUGAAGUCAAAAUUUGUUGUCUCAAAUAACAUUAUAAACAUUUGUUUAAAUUUCAGUUCUUGACUGCCAAUUUUUGAAAUGGGUAUCUUCACAAUACAAGAAAUUUUCAUAAGUUUCACAGCAAUUUGUAGUGUUAGUGGAGGUUUCUUUGAACAUACAGUUUUAGCCUAGCAAUUUCUUUUGUGUGGAUUUUGGCCAGAGGAUUCACUAAGUUGGCCUACAUGUAGGUUAUGGAUUGUAAAGGGUGCCAAAACUCGAUGUAUGUUUCUCCCUAUGGGAGUUUUUGUAAAGUAAAAGUUUUACUUUGUAUAAAGUUUAUUAAAAUAUUGAAUUUUGCAAAAACAUG